GUUUACGGUCAAUUGUUUGUAAACAAAAAUCUGAAUGAAGCUGUUCGACCAAAUCAUGAAUGAUAAACUACAAAAAAUCAAUUGGCAGUUUGAGAGGCUUUGUGUUGAGCUGGGAGUCCCCACAUAUGUGAAAUCCAGGGCAAACAGUGCUUUGGAGAAGUAUUUGUCAGAACUUGAAGAUGAUGCCUCCAUUGCCUCACAUUUGAUUCCUUUUAUGGUUUAUACUGCAGUAAUAGACUCCAGCAAUCCCUAUGGCCUAGAUGACCCGCACAGGGACAAAUCAUCACCCUGUUGUACACUUGGGGAAAUCCUCAGAAAAUCUGGUCUCAACUUUAUCAAGUUUUCGAAGCUGGUACGUCAGUAUUGGGAUACGAUGGACUUGAGUGAGACGGUGCGGAAACACAUCAGCGCUGUAGAAAAGAGAUACUGUAUCAUCUCACCAUUGUUCAAAACAUUUGAGAGAGAAUGGGGAACAGUGUUUAGAGAGGAAGAAAACCAAGAAUCCAUUCCAUUUGAGAAGUCAGAAGGCACACAGGAGAAGAAAAGGUUAUGCUGGACUUUGUUUCUACAUGCUAAAGAUGAGCUGAUGUGUGACAGUGAAGAGCUCAUACAGACCUAUCUACUCCUUCUGUGUUGUCUCGAGUUUGUGUUACGGGCUACUCCUGCCUUCCUUCUUCAACCACCAUUUGACACUCUGAAAUUGGAGACUACAGCCACAGCCCUAACCAGUCCAACCAGGGGGGGAUCAAGCAGUAUGCUCCAUAAACUUGCAGACAUCUUCCACACCAGUAUAGAUGAGCUUAUGUCUAUGCACAAGGUGACACAGGAUUACUUUCAAAGUUUGCAAGCAGAAACUGGAAAACUUGAUGUGGACAUGUUGAGUGCAGAUUACCACACAAGGCAGCGACAACAGGGGGGCCUUGAUGAGCUACAGUUUCUACAGCAUGAGCCAUACCUAAUGCCUCAAAACAACACACUCAGCCAACAGACCACAACAGUAAAUGGGACGACCACUGCAGUGACCCCUGUCCGAGCUGCCAUGAACACGGUCCAGCAGCUGAAAAACCUCAUAUCUGACAAAACUGACCACCUGGAACAGCUAAGAGAACAUUUAAAAAACUGUGCCAGUAAGCCAGAGCAGGCAAUUGUGGACCGUGUGUCCCAGCUGAAGCUGAAGUUUCUGUCCAGAUACCUAGAGACAGCAGGGUCUUGCCAGGGUCACGUGGCGGAGCAGAGAUACACACAGGCAACAAACCUGUACUACCGUGUCAUGAACAGGCUCCUUGAUAUGGAACAGGAGCGUCUAGCCCAGAGUGACUUCAGUGGUCUCCUUGGUAACGACGUCUUCCACCGAUCUCUCCUCGCCUGCUCAGCAGAAAUUGUCCUCAUGACAUAUAAUGUCUCAUGGUCGUUAACAGCAUCAGCCCUGAGCAAUGUUGACUCCCGGUUCACAUUCCCCUGGGUCCUGGACGCGUUUGGUCUGUAUGCUUUUGACUUCUACAAAGUGCUCGAGUCGUACCUUAAGGCAGAGCCCAACCUCACCAGGGAAAUCAUCAAGCACCUUACCCUGAUUGAGAACAGGAUUUUAGACAGUAUAGCAUGGAAAGCAGACUCCCCAGUAUUUGAGCUGCUAUCCCGAUGUGGGUCGGCCAGCAGUAGUAGCAUGUCUCAUUGUAGUGAUCUCAUCUCCAGUGAAACCAACGGCACAAGCCAGGCUGCUGAAAUUUACAUGUCCCCAAGUCGUGGUCCAGCCAGUAAAGGCACCGUGCCGGGAAAUAUUGUGUUUGUGUCCCCCCGUAAGGGUGGGGUAACGGCUGUGUACAGCAAGGACAGCCCUGAGCCUAGUGCCCCCGACACCACCCAUCGGUCUCACUCACUCAACAUGUUCUUAAAUAAAGUAUGUAGAUUGGGCUACCACAGAUUAAAGACACUCAGUGAUAUGCUUCUAAUAUUGAAAGAAACUCAACAGAAGAUCUGGACGUGUUUUGAGUUCUGCAUCACAUUUCACCCAGAAUUGUUAAGAGACAGACAUCUUGACCAGAUGAUGAUGUGUUCAGUGUAUGGUAUCUGCAAGGUGUCUGACAGUGAGAUCAAGUUCAAGGACAUUGUUAAAGCCUAUAGCUCCCUGCCUCAUGCCAACUCGCAGGUGUACAAGGAGGCAUUACUAGAUGAUGGCACCACAGACUCCAUCAUUGCCUUCUACAAUAGAGUCUACAUGCAGAACAUGAAGAACUACAUUCUCCUAUUUGCCAAACCAGUUCAACCAAACCUGUCACCCCUGCCAAAGCCUGUGAGCUCUGCUAUUACUGCUUCUCCUGUUUACAGCAUCCCAGGUCGUAAGAAUUUCUAUGUGUCUCCCCUGAAGAAGUCGCCCUUUAAGUAUCCUCACUCCCCCUGCAGUAUGACCCCACGGUCCCGACAGCUGUACAGUUUUGGAGAGGGGCUAGGGUCUGCUGAGAAGUUGAAGAGCAUCAAUGAAUCUGUGUCUGCAUUUAAAUCCCGCAGUAACCUGCCAUACAUAUCCAACACCAAGAGAACAUCAUCAAAACGACUCAACUUUGAGAAUAUGGAUGACCAGUCACAAAACCAGAGUGAGGGCAUUCAGGAUGAAGUAGGCAGCCAGAUGGUGGUGAAAAAGAUACGUGUCACCCCACCUGCACCCAUCACAGAACCCGGCCAGCCUCGCAGAAACAGUAGCACAACAGAAUGAAGAAGCGAGAUGUGAAAACAUUUGUGAAAUUGGCACUGUGAUUUUCUAAUUUAAACACAGAUUGAAGCUUUAUGCCUGUACUACUGAAUCAAAGGCUCGAGACAGCAAAAGGCAUCUUUUCAUUUGCAAAACAAAGUUAGGUAAAUGUUGAUUUCAAGGUGUUGUUUCAACUUCCAGAUUUUUUCUGACUCAUUAUUUGAUUUUGUGUAGAUGUGUAUUUUGAACAUCAGCAUACAUGCCAUAUCCCCCGGAGGGGGAUAAAAUCCCCCGGAAUUGCGACCCAUCCCCCGGUCUCCCGGAGGGGGAUGAAAAUUCCCUCGGAAAAAAAAGUGUUUAAAAUUACGCAAAUUUAUCACAGGGUUUAAUUAUAUAUGCCUGUUUACAGUUAUAAUGCCCUUCCUGUCCUGAAGCUUGGGUGACACUUAAUAAAUCAGCAGGGCACAUUUCAUGCAUUGUUUUGACUGGUCAGAUAAAAGGUCGAUUUUCAUUGUUUAAAACUAUAAUUUUUAUCCAAUCAGAGAGGAUGUAACAAAUUAAAGCGUUCUUCAUAACAUGUGUCAUUGUCAUCAAAAGAAAUAAUAAUUUAAAGGUGACAGUAAAUUAUUCAGUAAAGAAAAGGAUUAAAAUAACUAAUAGACAAUGCUGUUCUUUGUUAUGCCUCACUAAUAUGUUUACAUACAUGACAAUUUGACCUUCAUCGCAAAUAUCGGAAAAUAACAGAACUUCCAGAAGAGAAACUGAAAGUAGACAAUUCGGAUGAAAUGACUUUUAUUUAUUAUGGUGGUGAUGUUUUUAUUUUUUGAUGAAUGCCAAAAGAAGAUAUGUUUAUGAACUUAAACAAUAAAUUAUGCAUUUGCUUUUUAUCAGAAGCAAACAAAUCUGACUAUUUGGGAAUUGAAAUGAAAAAUAUUGAUAAUUCAUUCCAUUCUCUCUAUUAGUCUGAAAGUCAUCAUUUAUGAUCAUAGGCAGCAGAUUUUGUAUCCAAUUUUAGAGGAAGGUAAGCACAUUAAAUUGUCUCUGAAACAUAUUUUUCUGUGAAGUAUUCUAUUUUGCAAGUGAGUGAUUUUAUUAUGCAAUAUGGUUGUGUCUCAUAAAAAUAUAGAUGAAGUGCUGGAAAAAGGGGUAAACAAGGUGAAAUGGCAUGUGUGUCAUGCCCGUAAUGCUACAUGGCGAUGAUGAAAAUCCCCUGGUAUGUGACCAAAAUCCCCUUAAAUUCUGGACAUAAUCCCCUCGGGAGCCUUUCAAAAUUAUGGGAAUUUGUUGUUUUGCGUACUUGCGUCUUAAAAUACUUUGAAAUUUUGCCGAAUUAGAUCUGCUAAAAAAUCCCCCUGAAUACUACCAAAAUCCCCCUGAAUUUUCAGACUUUUGAACAAAUCCCCCUGAAUGGUCUCCAGAAAAUAUGGCAUGUAUGCAUCAGCUGUUAUGAUGUUAUCCAAAUGCUAAUGUAAAGACCAGGCUGCAAUUUUUCGAACAAUAUCAUGUUCCAUGUAACAGGAUCAAAUGUAGCAAACUAUUUUUUGGUGUAAUUUUUGAAAUAUAGUCAUUUUGAGGAGUCUUGAGACUUUUAAAGGAAAUUUUCUUGAUCAUAAUCUAAAUCAACCAUUUUUAUGCUCUUUAAGAUGGGCUUAUUAAAGUCAUAUUUUGCAUCCAUACUUCUGUCUGUUGUUUUGUCUUGACCAGUCUGUUGGUUUGUCAUGCACAGUGAAGAUCCAUGUACUUACCUUGAAAAUAAUGGCACACAUGUUUGGUACAUAAAGACAUCAGUCAAGAGCAAGACCCAAGUUCCUACCUCAAAGUUAAAGGUCACACUUCAAGGUGUUGUUUUUUAGGAAUGCUGCAUAUAUGUAAAUAGGGUAUAAGUGGUCAUGUCUGGACUGGAAAUUUGACAGGCAAGGUUGUUGUAAUUAUAAAUUAGCACAUAUACUCAGCACACAUAAGAGAUGUGCUGUGGGCAAGACCCACGUCCCUACCUACCUCGUGGGUCAAGGUCACACUCAGAUGUCUAUGAUUAUGAGAUUCUGCAUAUAUGCAUAGGUGGUUGAGUGUCGGCACCUAAAGUCGAUGUGUCAACCCCAAGACCAUUGUCCAUAUUUAGAAGGUCACAGUCACAUUCACGGGUCAAUGAUUAUGGAAUGGUUACAUAUAUGCACCUAGAUGUAGAUUUUCAUUACCUGGCUGUAAGUUUGUCAUGCACUGGGAUUUUGAAAUAACCUGGCACAGGCGUUCGAAAAGUAAUGGUGACAUGUUGUGGGCAAGACCCACCCACCUCCUUAUCUCAAAAGGUCAAUGUCACUUUUAAAGGUCUAUCAUUUUGGAAUGUUGCAUAUGUACACAUUCAGUAUAUGUGGUUGUGUGAAACUUGUCAUGUAAGGGUGAUUUGGAAAGAACAUGACACAGAUGUUUGGCACACGUAGGUGACAUGUUGUGUGCUAAACAAUGGUCCUUGUCUCUGGAUGUGACUGGUGCUAGGUCCAGGUUUCUACCUCGUAGCUCAUUGCUGCCCAACACUGGAAGUCAACAAUCAUGGGGUCCUGUAUAUAUGCUUAUUGUUUAUGUUAGCUCUACCUGAAUAUUAAAUGGCCAAUAUUACGACCAACACACAAAGUACAUGAACGAUACAUGAACUGAAAAUCCAAUUCAAGUUAUUUGAGUAAUCGAGUACCAGAGUACUCGAGUACCAAUUUUACUACUUGUUGCCAUUCCUACACAUAACACAUCUGUAUGGGCAUUUUGAUUUUCUUUUUCAUGAUUAUUGUAAUUUUUGUGUAAAAAAACUUGUCUGAGUAGGUGUGAAAAAUUAAGGGUCCAGUCUGAGAAGGCCAGACAAUAUAAUGGUCCAGUUUGAGAAGGCCAGACAAAAUAAUGGUCCAGUUAGAGAAGGCCAGACAAUAUAAUGGUCCAGUCUGAGAAGGCCAGACAACAUAAUGGUCCAGUCUGAGAAGGCCAGACAACAUAAUGGUCAAGUCUGAGAAGGCCAGACAAUAGAAUGGUCCAGUUAGAAAAGGCCAGACAAUAUAAUGGUCCAGUCUGAGAAGGCCAGACAAUAUAAUGGUCUAGUUAGAGAAGGCCAGACAAUAUAAUGGUCCAGUCUGAGAAGGCCAGACAAAAUAAUGGUCCAGUUAGAGAAGGCCAGACAAUAUAAUGGUCCAGUCUGAGAAGGCCAGACAACAUAAUGGUCCAGUCUGAGAAGGCCAGACAACAUAAUGGUCCAGUCUGAGAAGGCCAGACAAUAGAAUGGUCCAGUUAGAAAAGGCCAGACAAUAUAAUGGUCCAGUCUGAGAAGGCCAGACAACAUAAUGGUCCAGUCUGAGAAGGCCAGACAACAUAAUGGUCAAGUCUGAGAAGGCCAGACAAUAAAAUGGUCCAGUUAGAAAAGGCCAGACAAUAUAAUGGUCCAGUCUGAGAAGGCCAGACAAUAUAAUGGUCCAGUUAGAGAAGGCCAGACAAUAUAAUGGUCCAGUCUGAGAAGGCCAGACAAAAUAAUGGUCCAGUUAGAGAAGGCCAGACAAUAUAAUGGUCCAGUCUGAGAAGGCCAGACAACAUAAUGGUCCAGUCUGAGAAGGCCAGACAACAUAAUGGUCCAGUCUGAGAAGGCCAGACAAUAGAAUGGUCCAGUUAGAAAAGGCCAGACAAUAUAAUGGUCCAGUCUGAGAAGGCCAGACAAUAUAAUGGUCCAGUUAGAGAAGGCCAGACAAUAUAAUGGUCCAGUCUGAGAAGGCCAGACAAUAGAAUGGUUCAGUUUGAGAAGGCCAGACAACAUAAUGGUCCAGUUUGAGAAGGCCAGACAAUAUAAUUGUCCAGUCUGAGAUGGGGUCCAGUGUGAGAAGGCCAGACAAUAUCAUGGUCAAAUAUAAUGGUCCAGUUUGAGAAGGCCAGACAAUAUAAUGGUCCAGUAUGAGAAGGCCAGACAAAAUGAUGGUCCAGUUUCAGUAGGACAAAAUUAUGUCCAGACAGUUUGCAAACUAAUUGUCAAUUUGAAGUGUUUUAUGAACGUUGUGUAAUGACAUUUACUGAUAUUUUUACCCCAUCAUAAUAUUGAUAGUCAUGUCACCCCUGGUUUUAUUGCCAUAUAUGUACAUGUACAUUUUAAUUCACUGUUGUUGAGGAUGCGUUCCAAACAUCAGGGGCACUCUUUUUAAAUAAACAGUAAUUUUAUUUGUAUCACUGUUCAUGAUAAUUGUUAAUAGGAUUAUGGAGAAAGGACUUAUUGUCCUUGUCUCGAUUUUGUUUGUUUUUACAAAGUAUAAAUGUAGUUGUUUAAUUGUUCUAUCUUCAGAAUACUCUUUCUUAUCAUUAACUUUAUGUUUAAGUACAAUGUUGAAAAUAAAA